AUGGAACCACAUUCCGAUCGUCAAAGUGCGACUUUGUCCCAAGAGAGUCUCGUAGCGUCGCAAUCAAAUUCUCCGGCUAACACACUUAGAGGAGCACGUCACCAUUCAGCUGAUACACGACAUCAGAAUUCCGCACCUAAGCGGCGUCCCCCUGCCCUUCCUGGGAUAUAUGAACGGCCAUCGCAGGAGGUGAGAGAAGUUGAAGAAGCUACAGCUAGGACCUCUUCUGAACAUGGAGCUGGCUACAAAGAUCACAGCCUUCAGCGAGAGGGUUCUGCUGCAUUCAAGGUGUUCGUAAGGAAAAUGAAUACGCUUGACGCAAAUCUACAAUCAUUCACAAAUGCUGUUGGUCAACUCGGUUCGUCCGUCGCCAUAUCAUCCUCGGCAGAUGAACUACGCGAUUGUCUCCAGAGGCUCCUUCAAUCUUUUCGUUCUAACGCGGCUCAUCUCUUCGAGGGCGGAGAGAAGGAACUGGCUAGUAUACCAAAAUUUAGGCGUUUCGCUUCUCGCUACUAUACACGCACUAUACGCUCCCCCUUGGUUCAGGCGGACUCUCCAGCUACGAUCCCGGAGCAAAUGGCUUCGUUGGCCCAUAACCUAACUACAUUUGUCCGAUGUCUGGAUCAAAUCCCGGAGUUCACUGACCAAGCUGUCAAUGCUUCCACGGCGCUUUUUCACGAUGACCUGAUGUACUGGAGCUCAUGUUUGAAGGACCAUCGGGCAGGCGGGAUACCCACUAUAAAAUUCAGUCAAACACAAACAACUAAAACCCUUCAAAAUCUUUCCACUGUGGCGGCCCUGUUCGCUGCGGUUGAUGCUACAGCAAUUCAGUUCUCGUAUCAGAGCUUCGGCACCAAGGCGCAAAAUGCUGUGAAUUUGUUAUGGAUUAUGUCUCUGGUCUUCUCUCUAGCUAGUGCCAUCAAUAGCCAGCUGGCAUAUCACUGGCACUCCGCAAUUUACCGGUCCCCGCAUGCAUGUCUACCAAUGUUGAUCUCCGUAUGGAUCGUGCAUUCGCCUCUCAUGUUCCUCGUUGCUUCUGUUCUUGCUUUCUCCGCUGGAUUGGUCUGUUUCACAUUCUCGAAUUUCCACCAUUACCCAGUGAUUCCCAUCGUCAUCACAGUUUGCACGUCUAUCUCCUCGUUUGCCCUUCUUUCAGUUGGCUUGUGGUUCUUUGGAGAGCGGUGUACAUUUAAACGAACUAACGGGAAAAAGUGGCUCAUUCAGGUAGUGCCGGCCGCAGUGGAAAACGUCAAGGGUUACUCUGGGUAUCGAGCAGCUACCACAUAUUUCCGAAACUUGGGUGUACUAUUGCGGCCCACCCUUGACUGUGCCAAGCGGCAGAUCUCACGAGUUACUCAAUCCAUGGGCGUUCCCAGACCGGAAACUGUAAUUUCUAGCUUGAGUGCUAGAAGCGCAAGCCGCGGUGUGAGGGAAACUGAAGGCAGCCUGCCUUUGCAUUCUAACGAGGUUGUCACUUCCUCGUCGAAUGGAGACCCUCACACUCCACCGUCGCCUGAUGACCCCCCCUCUCUUGGGGGAACCAGCCCUCACCAGCCAAGCCCACUAAGAUCAGGCAUGGAGAAGAUCGCUGCAACGGCAUUCGAUUUCACGCAUCGCUUGGUGUCCAUAGGAGAUGCAUCCAGGUCUGGUUCAUUGGGGACAUCAGUAGGGUCCCCUCCUGGUUCACCGUCUCCGGCAGGCCAAUUUGUUAUAGGCCAGAUCCCACAUGCAACUACAGAAGCACACUCCGCUAACGUGCCAAGGGGUGAUUCCGCCCAACUGAUGGCCAUCACAUCAUCUCUCAAAGGGAUAGAUUUAAGAUUUAGCCCCAAGGGGGACUAUCUUGCGACAUGUGCAUGGGGAGAUCCCAUUAUUAUUUGGAAGGUUGACCACAAGUUAUCCGUCCAUCGCAAAAUCCCGCAUUUCAGCGAUAUGGUUAGCCAAGUAACGUGGUCCCCUGACGGCAAAUAUCUUCUUUUAUUUUCUCAAGACGGUGUCGAAGUCAGGAUGGCGGAUGGUGAGGGCUGGCGAGAGGUCACUACUUGCAAGGAACUGGGAGAUUACCGGGCAGUCUGCUGGUUGCCAACAUCCUCAUGUUCACGACUGCGGUUGUCAGCACAGCUUCUAGCGGUUGCGUCAGUGACUCAAUCGCCGGACGGAUUAAAACCAUCAAACCCUGGGCAUUUAGAAAAGCGAAUUCUUGUGCAUAAUCUAGAAACAGGGGAUGCAGAAGUACAAAUACCCGUUCUUCAUGACGCCCGUUACAUCACGUUGUCGAGCGAGGGCUCGCUCGUGUUAGUCAGCUACGAGGACAAGGCAUCACCACAGCUUUUCCGGCUGAAGAUUACCGAACAUCAAACGAGACUCGAUCUAUUGCAUACCUACAGCUUGCCGACUGCGAGCUCGCUUCAUUCAGUGAGAUUUGUUCGUUCAGGCGAAUUCUGUCAUUUCAAUUAUCCCGGGCUGGGGGACAUGAUCGUGUUAUGCGCUGAUAAAGGUGGCCUGCUUUACUUCUGGGACCGCAAAUCCGCUACCCUGCUGCACUCCAUUAAGAUUCAUGAUCCAGGAGCGGCUCGGACGAAGAUAGCUUGGAGUCACGUUAACACGGACAGACUUAUGUUUGCUACUGGUGGCCAUGGAGGUACUUUGACGGUUUGGACAGCUGAAUUUCGGGCCAACGAAGCGUCUGGGGGGGCCAAAACUGCGUAA